AUGAGACAACGGUUUGUCCCUGGCCAUUAUCAACGUGAACUACACUCUAAGCUCAGGAGACUCACCCAAGGCUCCAAGACUCUGGAAGAAUACUAUCAAGAAAUGGAGGUUAUGCUCUUGCGCGCCAAUGUGAUUGAAGACCGAGAGGCCACUAUGUCUCGGUUUCUUGGAGGCUUGAACCGUGAGCUACAAGACAUAGUUGAGAUGCAAAACUGUGUGGGCUUGGAAGCAAUGUUACACAAGGCUGUCUUGGCCGAGACAGAAUUGAAAAGAAGAACCUCCACUCGGUUCAAUACUGACCAGCGCCGACCAACCUUUAGCCGCGACACUAAGCCAUUCGCCAAAGUCGGAACCAAAGCCUCUGGCUACUAA